AUGGUGGACAAAAUUUUGGCCGGCAAUGUGACUACUAACAUCCAUCAAAUUUGUGAUAACCAUAUCAACGACAACUUGCAUGUGUUUCCUGACAUUUGUGAAAAGUGCAAAUCGACUGGGGUCAUUGGGGACUUUAUGGAGCAUCCAGGUGUUAAGCUUGAAGUUGUGAGGGCGUGGGUUCAAGGCAAGCGAAAUCGCUCGACGCUCGACCAGGACACUGAAGCAUCCGCCGGCCACGACGAGGCCGACAGAUCGCAAACCGACCAUGACAUUGUUUGCAAGGAUAACAGGAGCAUUCCAACCACAUGUACUACUGCUAUGUCAGAUACGCCGACCAUGAGAAGUCGAGCUUCAAGUUCAACCACGAAUGAAUCAGCACCAGAUCUUACUCAAAUCAAGUUGCAGGUGGCAGCCUUGAGGGUGAGAACGGAGCGCUUACUCACCAAGAUGCUAGGUCAGAACCCUCCAACCCUGGGCUAG